ACACACCCUCAAUGUGUGUCUGAAAUUGACUGAAUUGUCGUAAAUCGUAAGCAAAUCUACGGUUAAAAUGAUAUUAACAUUGAAUUGAAUUUAUAAUGAAUUCAGUGUUUGUUUUCAUUUGACAUUACAUUUGAUUAUUUGGUCUCAAAUAUCACUCAAACAUAUCAUAUGACUUAUUGAUGAACAAGUGAUGUCUAAUCUAUUGAAUGGUCACUCAAUUUAGUGAUCAAUAAUUUUAUCUAAAAUUUGCCAUAAAUUGUGUCCAAAUUUAUUAAAAUCAAUAAUUUAAUUGAAUAUUUAUUUUGUGAUUAUUUAAUAACCCAUAAAUAUCACACACCAUAUUGUUGAAGAUGAGGAUCACAUCCAUCUUAUGUCGUGAUCUCAAGAAAUACAUUGAUUUGUAUUCGCGUUUUAAUCCUUCGCCGCUAUCUAUCAAACAGUUCAUUGAUUUCGGUCAAAAGGCAUGCGAGAAGACAUCGUUUAUAUUCUUGCGUAAAGAAUUGCCGGUUCGGUUGGCAAACAUAAUGCAAGAAUUGAAUUUACUUCCGGAAAAUUUGCAACGAAUGCCUUCCGUCUCAUUAGUCCAGAGCUGGUAUGUGAGGAGUUUCGAUGAGAUACUCAACUUCGAGAAAUCGGACGCUAAUCUCAAACAAACACAUCAAGACUUUUGCGAUACUCUCAUUAAAAUACGGAAUCGACAUUCAAAUGUAGUGCAGACUAUGGCACAGGGAGUCAUCGAACUUAAGGAAACACAUCAAUUGGAUCAGCAAACGGAGCACUCAAUUCAGUACUUCCUAAACCGAUUCUAUAUGUCCCGUAUAUCUAUCCGUAUGCUUAUCAACCAACACGCGGCCCUCUUUGGUUCGGCAGCUGAUAUGGCUCUUAAUAAUCCACGACAUAUCGGUUGCAUUGAUCCUAAUUGUGAAGUGAAAUCCGUUAUAUACGACGCCUAUGAAAAUGCAAAAUUUCUUUGCGAUCAAUACUAUAUGACAUCUCCAACGUUAACCAUUGAACAACAUAAUGUGAUUGACCCCUCGGCACCAAUAACAUUGGUUUACGUUCCCUCACAUCUCUAUCAUAUGUUAUUUGAAUUGUUUAAGAAUGCUAUGAGAGCUGUUGUUGAGCAUCAAAGUAAUAGCGAUGAGUUGUCACCAAUUGUGGUCACUCUUGUUAUGGGUAAAGAGGAUCUCACUCUCAGAAUAAGCGAUAGAGGAGGUGGUAUAGCUCGUUCACAAAGUCAUCUGUUAUUUCAAUACAUGUACUCUACUGCACCCCAACCGUCUGUGUCUGGUAUAGAUUCGGCUCCAUUAGCUGGUUAUGGAUAUGGUUUGCCUUUGUCUCGUCUCUACGCUCGGUAUCUUCAGGGAGAUCUGGUUAUACUAUCUCUUGAAGGCUAUGGAACUGAUGCUAUUAUUUAUCUCAAAGUGCUAUCCAGUGAAGCAAAUGAAUUAUUGCCAGUCUUUAACAAAACUUCGACUAAACACUAUCGGUCAGCACUAGGAACUCAUGAUUGGAGUUCGGGUGCUGUACAUCAUAUAAUUCAACAGUCAGAUGGUUCUAAUAUAUCUGCCCAACCGGUUGGACUCCGACACUAUAGUAGUGCAACUAAUCCCAGAUUUACGUAACGAUUUCAGACAUUUUAAAGACAAAUAAUAUUGAUAUAAAACAUCGAUAUUAUUAUAAUGUUAUUUAUUUUAGUCAUCAUAUGAGCGAUGUUUGAUAUUUCUGAACCAAAUCAAUAAAAAUCUUCCGUUUUAUGCGAUAUACUAUCCCAUAAAUAUACAGUUAAUAUACAUUUUAUAUAGUUUUUCAUCGAUUUAAAUAUAAAUUAUUAUUUUUAGGAAAGAUAUCUCAAUUUGUAUUUAUAACAAUUAUUGUGAAGUGCCGUCAACUGAAUCUACAUAUUUCACAAAUUUGUUUAAAAUGUAUUUAAUUUUGAUUACAUUUUGUAUAAUAUAUAGAUAUAUAUCACUCAAUUUAUGAUCUGUCGUAGACUAACUGAUUUAAUCAUUGUUUUCCUAUAAUUAAAAAAUC